AUAUGAAAACGGUCACUCAAUACUUUUGUUUACCAAAUUAGCCGCAUUUUUUCAGAAGAAAUCUUAGAGAAUUUAACUUAUUAAAAGCCAUAAGCCAUGCAACGUGGUAAAAUAUCCUUUGGAAAAAUCCAGUUAAAUGUGAAUAAACCGCCCGCAGAGACGAAAUCAAUUGAAACCACGACGAAAAAUGAGAACGAAUCCUCUGAACCCAGUGAGAGUGGUGGCGGAUUCAAGAAAAUUGGCAAGGAACAGAUGAUACGACAAAUCGAGGAUGUGGCCGAGGAUCUGGAGAGCCAGCACCUGAAGGAAGUGAUGGGCAUCAGUGGAUUCGGGCGCAAGGCGGCCAAAGUAUUCGACAUCAACGAACAGAUAGAAAAAGCCAGAAUUACCCGCCCAGGAUUAGACAAAAAGAAGGAGGAAGCCAAGCGAGACGAGGAGGAUAAAAAAUCUGAGGACGAAGAAGACGUAAUAGGACCUCUACCCCCAUCUGUAGUGGAGGAUGAGGACAAAUCAACGAAGGGGGCUUCCAAAGACGAAGACUCCGAUGAUGAUUCCUCCGAUGAGGAUUCCGACGACGAGCAGAGCCUUGCCAGGCGGAUACCCUACACUCACGAGGUGCAAAUGCAGCACGGAUCGCGGGCUGUCCUGGCACUGGCAGGCGAUCCUUCGGGAGCCCGUUUGGUCUCCGGUUCCAUAGACUACGACAUGUGCUUCUGGGAUUUUGCUGGCAUGGACUCCGGCAUGCGUAGCUUUCGGCAGCUACAGCCCUGCGAGAACCAUCCAAUACGCUCCCUCCAAUACUCCGUGACCGGCGACAUGAUCCUGGUCAUCUCCGGAAAUGCCCAGGCCAAGGUGCUCGACCGUGAUGGUUUUGAGAAGCUGGAGUGCUGCAAGGGCGACCAGUACAUCUCAGACAUGUCGCGAACCAAGGGGCAUGUGGCGCAGUUAACCUCGGGCUGCUGGCAUCCUUUCAACAGGGAGCAGUUCCUAACCGCAGCGCUGGAUGGCACCCUUCGCAUCUGGCAAGGAUUAAAAGCCAAGGAACAAGUGCAAGUGAUCAAGACGAGGGCGCAGGGAGGACUGCGCACGAAUGCGGCAUCGUGCAAUUUCAACAGAGACGCCACACUCAUAGCAGCGGGAUGCGUGGACGGAUCCAUUCAGACAUGGGAUACUCGCAAGAUGUAUGUGAAUACUACGCACUGUGUCAGGGAGGCUCAUCAGAAGGGCUCCGAAAUCACCUCCAUUGUGUUCUCCUACAUGGGCCAGCAGUUGGCCACCCGAAGCAACGAUGAGACCAUGAAGCUGUGGGACCUGCGGCAGUUCAAGAAGCCGCUUCAUACCUGGUCGAACUUAUUUUCCCGCUACGACACGACGGACUGCUGCUUCAGUCCGGACGAUAGGAUGCUGGUCACCGGCGAAUCGCUGCCCAAGGGUCAGACCGAAGCGAACUUGUACUUCUACAGCACCAGGAGCUACGAGGAAGUGCAGCGAAUUCCUGUGUCCAACUCGCACGUGGUGAAGACACUGUGGCACCCGAAAUUGAAUCAACUAUUCGUGAGCUGCGGCAAUGGAACCAUCAAAUGCUAUUAUGACGAACAGCGAAGCAUCCGGGGAGCCAAGUUAUGCGUGGUGAAGACGCAUCGCAAGAGGCAGCCAAUGGAAAUGGUGGGAGUUUCCCAGAUCAUUACUCCGCAUGCUCUGCCCCUGUUCAGACAGGAAAAGUCGCGCACUUCGCGAAAGCGGAUGGAAAAGGCGCGCAUGGAUCCGGUUAAGUCCAAGAGGCCGGACUUGCCCAUCACGAGCGGACAGGGCGGUCGAGUGGCCAGCUCUGGAGGCACUCUCUCCUCCUACGUCAUCCGCAAUCUUGGCCUGAGCAAGCGUGUGGACGACGACCAGGAUCCGAGGGAGGCCAUCUUGAAGUAUGCAAAGGAUGCUGCCGAAAAUCCCUACUGGAUAGCCCCCGCCUACAAACAGACGCAGCCAAAGGCCAUCUUCUCUGAGAAACUGCCCGCCGAUGAACCGGCCACCAAGAAACCCAAGACAGAAACAGACAAAUAGGUAGUCAGUCUAUUUAUAAGUGCUUAGAAAUGUAAAUAAACUCGUUAC